GGCGCGGGGACUCCCGGACAAGACGGUGCGCGAGAAAUCGAGGAACGAGUGACAGCGGGACAGACCAGCCGGCCGUGAUCCCGGGCGGCUCCGGGGCGCGCCCGCGGCACCAGGUCUUUCUCGGAGCCGCUGCCAUGGGAGAGCCAGCCUUGGGCGUCGGGGACCAGCCGCCGCUGCUGCCGCGUCCGCCUCGGAGCCGCGGCCCCAGUCUCCGCGCCCGAAGUCGGCCCGCUGAGUCCCCCUCUUGGGCUGCAGGGCCGCCUCCGCCGCGCCGCCGGCCCCGGCUGUGCCUGUGAUGAGCCGCAGCCCGCCGCGAGCCCUGCCCCCGGGCGCGCCCCCCCGGUUGCUCCCGGCUGCUUCUGCGGCCGCGCCGCGCGCCCUGCUCCCGCCGUGGCCCAGGCGCCCGGGCCGUCGCUGGCCCGCGUCCCCGCUCGGAAUGAAGGUGUUCCGCAGGAAGGCGCUGGUGCUGUGCGCGGGCUAUGCGCUGCUGCUGGUGCUCACCAUGCUCAACCUCCUGGACUACAAGUGGCACAAGGAGCCGCUGCAGCAAUGCAGCCCCGACGGGCCGCUCGGUGCCGCGGCGGGGGCGGCUGGGGGCGGCUGGGCGCGCCCGGGGCCGCCUCCGGCUGUGCAGCCCCACGCACACACCCGCUUGGACCUUCGUACUCCGUACCGCCCUCCUGCCGCCGCCGCAGCCGUCGGGGUGGCCCCAGCCGCCGCCGCAGCAGCAGGAGGAGCGGGGGCCGUGGCACCUCCUCGCAAUAGCACUCGGGGCACCGGGGGUGGCGGAGAAAAGAGGCAGUUGGUGUAUGUGUUCACCACGUGGCGCUCGGGCUCGUCUUUCUUCGGUGAGCUCUUCAACCAGAACCCCGAGGUGUUCUUUCUCUACGAGCCAGUGUGGCAUGUGUGGCAAAAACUGUACCCAGGGGACGCUGUUUCUCUGCAAGGGGCUGCGCGGGACAUGCUGAGCGCUCUCUAUCGCUGCGACCUCUCGGUCUUCCAGCUGUACAGCCCCGCGGGCAGCGGGGGGCGCAACCUCACCACGCUGGGCAUUUUUGGGGCAGCCACCAACAAGGUGGUGUGCUCCUCGCCGCUGUGCCCCGCCUACCGCAAGGAGAUCGUCGGGCUGGUGGAUGACCGCGUGUGCAAGAAGUGCCCGCCGCAGCGCCUGGCACGCUUUGAGGAGGAGUGCCGCAAGUACCGCACGCUGGUCAUCAAGGGCGUGCGUGUCUUCGACGUGGCCGUGUUGGCGCCCCUCCUGCGCGACCCGGCCCUGGACCUCAAGGUCAUCCACCUAGUGCGCGAUCCGCGUGCUGUGGCCAGCUCACGCAUCCGCUCGCGCCACGGGCUCAUCCGCGAGAGCCUUCAGGUGGUGCGCAGCCGGGACCCGCGAGCCCAUCGCAUGCCCUUCCUGGAGGCGGCUGGCCACAAGCUGGGCGUCAAGAAGGAGGGCGUGGGCGGCCCGGCGGACUACCACGCGCUUGGCGCUAUGGAGGUCAUCUGCAACAGCAUGGCCAAGACACUCCAGACGGCCCUGCAGCCCCCUGACUGGCUGCAAGGCCACUAUCUGGUCGUGCGGUACGAGGACCUGGUGGGAGACCCCGUCAAGACCCUACGGAGAGUGUACGACUUUGUGGGACUGCUGGUGAGCCCCGAAAUGGAACAGUUUGCCCUCAACAUGACCAGCGGCUCAGGCUCCUCCUCUAAGCCUUUCGUGGUGUCCGCGCGGAACGCCACGCAGGCCGCCAACGCCUGGCGGACGGCCCUCACCUUCCAGCAGAUCAAACAGGUGGAGGAGUUUUGCUACCAGCCCAUGGCCGUGCUGGGCUAUGAGCGGGUCAAUAGCCCCGAGGAGGUCAAAGACCUCAGUAAGACCCUGCUCCGGAAGCCCCGGCUCUGAGAGGGUUUCCUGGGAGAGCCGACUCCCGGUGGAGACGCCCACAGGAGGACUGUGGUGUAUUUAAACAAAAACAGCCCAGACCCAAACUGAGGAAGCCCACAUAUUCUAUUAUAGAUAUAUAAUAUAAAUAACCACACAGGCACUUGCUGUCAAUGUUUUGAGUCAUUGAAUUUCAAGGAACAGCCACAAUAUACACACAUCUCAGCAAAGGCAAGACUUGAAAGUUCUGACCAGCUCCCCCACCCCCUCUCCCCUGCCUCUUCUCCCUUCCUUUUUGCCCCCUUUCCUACCCUCUCUCAUACCUGCCUUCCCUUUUGAAGUGGGAUGUUGAUUAAAUCAAGAUCCAGUAACUUAAAUCUUGUUUACAAAAUUUUCGUGGUAUCUGUGAACAUGUAAAAGAGUAAUUUGGUUGUGAGGGGUGGGGGUGGAGAAAGGGGAAGUUGUCCAGGAGCGCAGAGCUCCUUUGGGCACGAUAAACCGAGGAGGCAUUCUUCUAAAAGUAGACUUGUGUAAAAAGCAAAGGUUCUACGUGAGUAUUAAUAAAAAAGAUAAUAAAUAAUAUUCUUUUUAAUAUUUGCCUCCAUUACUUUGGAUUGACCUGUGCUACUUCUCUUGUGUAGCUUCAGACUUUGCUUCCCCUCCCCCCACCUCCUCUCCCCAUUCUGUUUCCUAGAAAACUGCUAGGAUGGGUGGGAACAGCUUCUGACUCCUUGAUAAGAACCUUUGAGUAGUUUUCUCACAUGUAAAUCACAGCCUGUCAGGUGAGCAGGAGUGGGGACCAAGCAGGGCGGUGGAGGGAAAACUCACACUACUUUCCUGUUUCACUUUGAGCACAGAAAGGAAGAAGCAGCCCUUGGGGCUUUGAAGGCAUUCGGUUUUGAUUACUGUUCAGUUAAGACUGGCAACCUUGAAGCAAAGACAUGUUUUGGUUCUGAGGUUAGUUCAGAAAAAGGACUUUUUUUUUUUUUUUUAAGAAUAUAAGUAAGAUAUCUGAGGAUUAAAACACAGACCUCAGAAAUCAGCAUGAAUGUAUUGUUGAUGAUAGCAGCAAAUUCUUUGGUUAGAAAAAUAAUAAGUAUAUGUGUCUGGAGUGUUCUUCUGCCUGUGACCCAGUAAAUGGAGGCAUUUGAAAAGGGAAGUUUCACCUGAGAGCUAGAAGGGCACUCACAGGCUUUUCCUUUUCUUUCUUGGUUCCCAUUCAAAUCAGUGCAAAACAGAAUGUGAAUUGGUUGUGGCUUACGUGGGAUGCCCACGAGGGUGCAUUACUUUUCCUGACUGUGUUUCCUAAAAGUAAAAUUGCAAAGAAGCUGUAACAUGUUGCAGACAGCAUAAGGCUUCAGUCAAGAGCUCCUUUUAGAUACGAAAAUGAAUUCUGGGAAAGAGGAAAUGAAAAUGAAUUAUGAGUAAGUGUGUUGGAUUUUGAGAUUUGGUAUUUUCCAGGGAGAAAACCAUGCCAGUUUUCCUGCAACAGUGAUGGUGUGCUGCUGUCCUGAGAUUUUGACUGAAGCAUUCUGUAUUACAGUACGAAGUUUUAAACCCUAAGUAAGGAAUGAGAGACAGUGUAGUUAUAUAUUUCAUUAGAGAUGGUACGAGUUUGAGAUCAUCAUGACUUUAUUUUGCUAUAAUUUAUUGUGAAAUCUCUGCAGGCCAAGCUGUGUUGGCUAAACGCGAGGGAUCUGAAGGAAAAUAUGAUGAAAAAUAAUAUGUACAUGGGAAAGAUUUUAACACAGUUGAUUCUUAAGUAAUUUUCAUUACAAUGUGAAAUCUAACUACACUGUUGAGAGUUCAAGAUAAAGAAGCACAGAAGUUAGAAAAACAGAGUUGUGUUUAGCAAUGGAUUUUAUAACGUACUCUAGAAUGACUAGUUCUUAAUUUCCUAAAAUAGUUUGUAGUAUUGUGUUGUUUAAAUCAGACGACAGCUAUGACACAUGGAUCAUGUUUUCUAUGCUAUUUUCACGGUAGCGCCUCUGCCCAAAUCAUUGGCAGCAACAGAAUAUUUGCAAUAGCUUUCAUUGAAGAAUACUAAAAUUAAGUGAACAAAAUAAAUAUUAAUGUCAGACAACUAUAGGUGAAACAGGUUUAACAGGGAAUCAAGACUGCAUCAUUAAAAGGCAACCAUUCUGAAUAAAAAACCACGGGAAAACAGACUUCAUGUGGCAUUAGAAUCAGCUCUUAUCACUUGAUCACAGUAAAAUUCAUGCUUCGUUUUUGAGUGAAGGAUUUUUUAAACAGUGGAAUUCAUUCUUCUCUCAGUAUAUCUAAGGACUUGGUGUUAAAGUUGAAUUUCGAUGUGUUUGGAUCUUGUAUCUAAAAAAAAAAAAAAACCAAAAAACAAACAAACAAACAAAAAA